UUCGUCGUCUAACGCUAUUCCACAUGAAUACAUGAACCGAAAGGGUUACUAUAGUAUUAACGUAGAAGCGAUUUGUGACGACAAAUUUAUUUUUCGCCAUUUAAAUGCUCGUUUUCCUGGCUCAUGCCAUGACUCCGGAAUUUGGAGAACAUCGCCGGCCAGAAUAAAAUUAAUAAGGGAACAUGUUGCUGGUUCAUUUAAGUGGCUUCUAGGUGACUCAGGAUAUCCACUAGAGCCAUGGCUUUUGACUCCUAUAUCAAACCCAUCUGCACCAAAUGAAGUUCUUUAUAACAGAAUCCAUAUAAAGGCCAGGAACAUAAUUGAAAGAGCCUUUGGUAUUUUAAAGUCUCGUUUCCGUUGCUUAUCUAAAGAGCGAGUACUGAGGUAUACACCCUCAAACGCCGCGUUCUUAGUUUAUACUUGCUCAAUUUUCCACAACAUUUUGCAAAAACAUGGUAUUUGUGACUUCGAUGAAAUCGACAUGGAAAAUUUUGAGGACUCUUCCUUCCUUGAUAAUUCUCCAGCUCAAACAAAUCAGUAUUACACUGCAGGAAUAAAUGCACGACGUAACUGCUUAAACUCUCUCACACAAUCUUUGUAAAUAAAUAUCUUUACAAAUAAAUAUUUCAUUUAUAUUUUCACA